GCACCACAACAGACUCAUGAAGAAGACUCAAUUACUCACACUCGCAUGCUUCUUCUUCUUCAUCCUAUGCUUCAAUGUUUUACCACUCUGUUCAUGUCAAACCACUUCCAACAUGAAGACCAGAGGUGAUCAUGAUCAACUCAUGAUGCAGGAUCAACAUCUCACCAGCAAAAAUGAUACAGUGAUUGAAUCAAGCGAAGAAGAUAUUAAUCAAUUAAGCUUAAAAGCAUUGCAUGAAAUAAUUCAUGGUAAGAAAGGAGUUUAUGGAACAUAUGGUAAUUCAGAUAUUCUUCGGCGCCCUUCUCGCAGUGGAAGCUCACCUGUGAGGCCAUUUUCUAUCCUCUCUACAACACCACUUGGGCAUGUUACAAUCGGAUUGCUUGUUCUUAGUUUCUUCUUUUCGUUGGUUUAAGAGGUUUCUGUAUGAUAUAUAUAUAUAUAUAUAUAUAUUACAUAUAACUGUUUAGUGAUGCAGACUUUCUCACAAGAUUAAUUUUGAUUGUAUGGUUGAUAUAAACUGGC